GCCAUCAUCCAUUCCACCGUUGUAGCCGAGGGGAGGCAGCAGCCCGUGUUCUGAUCCUGCAGCCAUGGGUAUCUCGCGUGAUUCCAUGCACAAGAGGCGCGCCACCGGAGGGAAGAAGAAGGCGUGGAGGAAGAAGAGAAAGUAUGAGCUUGGACGGCAGCCGGCGAACACUAAGCUUUCCAGCAACAAGACCGUGAGGAGGAUUCGUGUCAGAGGAGGCAAUGUGAAGUGGAGGGCUCUCAGAUUGGACACCGGGAAUUACUCCUGGGGCAGUGAAACUGUUACCCGGAAAACCCGUAUCCUUGAUGUGGUUUACAAUGCUUCAAACAAUGAGCUUGUCCGAACCCAGACGCUGGUGAAGAGUGCAAUCGUUCAGGUGGAUGCUGCGCCAUUCAAGCAGUGGUACCUUCAGCACUAUGGUGUGGAAAUCGGCAGGAAGAAGAAGACAGCUGCUAAGAAGGACACACCAGAGGAGGGAGAAGCACCUUUAGAGGAGACAAAGAAGAGCAAGCACGUCUUGCGAAAGCUUGAGAAGCGUCAGCAGGGUCGUACUCUGGACCCCCAUAUCGAAGAACAGUUUGCAAGUGGCAGAUUGUUGGCUUGCAUUUCUUCUCGACCAGGUCAAUGCGGUAGAGCAGAUGGAUAUAUCUUGGAAGGCAAGGAGCUUGAGUUCUACACAAAGAAGAUUCAAAGGAAGAAGGGCAAGUCUGCUGGUGGUGCUGCUUAGUUCACAGCUUUCUUGAGACAAUUUAAUUGUGUACGGUCAGUUGAGAAUUGUUUGAAAGUAGGAUAGCAAUAUCCUUUUAAGACUUGGAAGUUGGAACUUGGUGCUCGUGUUUAUUUGUCUAGGCAGUUUUCUGAAAAAAAUUUUGCGUUUUACUAUUCAACCAAGAAUUAUUUACAGCCUGAUUAGUUGUUAUUAUUUUAUGUGGAAGUAGUUCUGCUUUGAAGCUAUAAAUAAGGUUUGAUGCA